AUGUAUAGCGCUACGAGCUUAACAGGAUACAAGCACACUGAAUUAGCUAAGCAAAAAUUCUCUAAUAGAUAUAUUAAUAAAGCAAAUCAUUCUUUUUUUGGUAUACAUCAUGACGAUAAUGCUAAGUUUCUAAUAAGUAAACCUGGCUCAUUAAAUCCCAUGUGUUAUUUCAUAUAAAAACACACACAAAAGAAACUAAACAACUUAUAAGAAAUAGCAUGAAAAAAUACAGUAAUGGUGUAGGUACAUACGACUUAAAUAAUAAUUAGAUAAAGAGUUUUUAUUACGCAGUUGAUCUAGCGGAUCAAUUUAAAAUAUCUAAAGUAACUGUGGGUAAAUAUUUAAAGUUUUAGUUUAUAAUAAAAUGUAUUAUUUUAAAGUAAAUCUUAAUAAUUAAUACAUUUUUUUUUAUUUUUUUCAUUUUUUUUUGGAAUCAGAACUUGUUAGUGGAUUUAUGACUGAACACGCGGCAGUAAUUUUUGUACUUUUCUUUUUGGCUGAAUAUGCUAGUAUUGUAUUGAUUUGUAUAUUAACUAGUAUAUUAUUUUUAGGAGGUUAUUUAUAUAAUUAUAUAUCUAUAUUUUUCUUAAUGCAAUAUUUUGAUUUCGAUUAUUAUAUAGAUAAUUUGCACAAUGAAAGCUUAUUUGACGAUAGAUUAAUAGAAGGACUAUUAUAUGGUUUAGCUUUAGGUGUGAAAUCAUGUUUUAUGAUAUUUGUGUUCAUUUGA